AUGCCACUCAUCGAUUUGGUGCCAGCCUCUAGUGUCUCCAAGUCGUGGCGUUCCGCCGUGGCCUCCUCCCUCCGCCACCUCAAAAAGCCGAAGCCAUGGCUGAUCCUCUACAAACAAGCCACUCGCUCGCCUUAUGCCGCUACAACACUCGCAUACGACCCGUGUUCCAAUCGCCCUUCUCUUUUGCCUAAAGAUCCUUAUGAGAAAGCGAUUGCGCACUUCUGGGCUAAGUUCUUGGAUGAAAAGUGUUUGCCUGCAAUGAAGAAAGCUUGUUGGGGCAAGGGAGACGAGCAAGAGAUGGCCAAGGAAGAAUCUACUGAACUUCUGAAAAUUCUCGAGGGCACACAUUUCGGGGCAAGAAAUUCUUUGGGGGUGACAAUACUGGAAUGGUUGAUAUAG